AUGUUCAGGUUCGCUUCAAAAAGGCAGUUCUCCAAAUCAACUUUGUCCCUCGCCAAUAAAGGUAAACCCCAGAACCCGCCAAUCGAUACCACGAUCGAGUUGAAAAUUGCACCCAUUGUUCGUACCGGGGAAACCGCUGAUAUCAAACGUGCAAGGUUGAUCUACCAAUCAAGAAAAAGAGGUAUCUUGGAGAGUGAUUUGUUAUUGAGCAGGUUUGCAAAAAAAUAUCUCAAACAAAUGUCAGAUGCAGAGUUGGAUGAAUAUGACAAAUUAUUGGACGAAGCUGACUGGGAUAUAUACUAUUGGGCAACGAAAAACUACUCCGUCACCCCGUUGCCUGAAAAAUGGCAAAACUCCAAAAUUUUGAAAUUGUUGCAGCAGGAAGCCGAAAACAAUGAGCGUGUCAUCUUAAGAAUGCCCGAAUUACAUGAAUAUAAUUAA